GCCGCUCGGCCGGACGCGGUCUCUGCUGAGCGCGCUCAGGGGAGGGUCCGCGCGCCGGCCAGGGGGGGCGCAGCCGCGGCCCCCGCGGAGGGAGACGAGGCUGGGAGUCCCGCCCCCCCCGCUGCAGCCGCGAUGGAGAAGUACCAGAUUUUGGGCCGGCUGAGUCCUGGGGCCUUGGGGGUGAACCUGGUGGUAGAGGAAAAAAAAAACAAAGUAAAGCACGUGAUAAAGCAGGUGGAAUGUAUUGAUGAGCAUCAUGCCAACAAGGCCCUGGAGGAGCUGAUGCCGCUGCUGAAGCUCCGGCACGCCCACAUCUCCAUAUACCAGGAGCUGUUCAUCAUGUGGAACAGUGAGAUCUGCUCUCUGUUCCUCUGCCUGGUGAUGGACUAUAACGAUGGAAGCUUCCAGGAGAUUAUCCAGAAGAAGAGGGAGACAAGGACAAUCAUUGACUCUGAGUGGAUGCAGAACAUGUUGGGCCAGGUGUUGGACGCUCUGGAAUACCUGCACCAGUUAGACAUCGUCCACAGGAAUCUUAAGCCCUCCAACAUAGUCCUUGUCAGCAGCAACCACUGCAAAUUACAGGACCUGAGCUCCAACACAAUGAUGACAGACAAAGCCAAAUGGAACAUCCGUGCGGAGGAAGACCCUUUCCAGAAGUCCUGGAUGGCCCCCGAAGCCCUUGACUUCUCCUUCAGCCAGAAAGUUGAUAUCUGGUCCCUAGGCUGCAUCAUUCUUGACAUGGCCAGCUGCUCCUUCAUAGAUAGAGCAGAGGGCCUGCUUCUACGGAAGUCCAUCAGGAGCCACCAGGACAGCCUGCAGGGCGUCCUGAAGACCAUGGAGGAGAAGAAGAUCCCGGAUGCGAAAACCUUCGGGUCACUUUUGCCUUUGAUGCUGCAGAUCAACCCCUCAGAGCGAAUAACAAUCAGGGAGGAAGGGGCACACACGGGCAGAAGUGCAGGCGCCUCAGCCCUGCCCAACAUCACCCCACCCCCGCCCUGGGGAGCAAGCCCGGGGCCCCUCCGGAGGGAGGUGAUCCACAUCACCUUCGUGAUCAGCAACUUCCAGUCUUCCAGCAUAGCUGUGACCCUGCACCGGCAGGUGGUGCCCGCCUUCAUCACUGACCUGCUGCUGGACAGCAACAUCGCCAGCAUUUUAGAGGUGAUGCAGAGCUUCUCCAGCAGACCCGAAGUCCAGCUCAGAGCCAUGAAGAGGCUCCUAAGAAUGCCUGAGAAUCAGCUAGGCCAAGGCUCACCUUGGUAUCCCGCCCUGGCAGGCCUGCCGUGGCCCAUGGAGGUGGUGGAGGUGCUGGUCACCAUCAUGAAGCAGCACGAGAGGAUCCUCGACAUACAGCUGUAUGCCUGCUCCCUGCUGCUGCGCAGCCUGGGUCAAGCACUGGCGCAGGACCCGGCAGCCGAGGUGCUGAGCAACAGCUCCGUCAUCUCCGUCCUUCUGAGCAUCAUGCAGAGCCACCCCAAUUCAGAGCCGCUCCUUGUCAUGGUCUACAGCCUGCUCACCAUCAUCUCCAGCCAGGAAUCAGCCUCAGAGAAGCUGCAGAAGGCUGGGCUGUUUGAGCAUAUCCUGGAGCACCUGAGCACCUUCCCCACGAACAGGGACGUGUGCAUCAAUGGCCUGAGCCUGCUCUGGGCCCUGCUGGUGGAUGCUAUCAUUGUGGACAAGACCCCUUUGGAGAAAGCUCCAGCCCUCGUUGCUGAGAUGCUGGCCACCUACCCCAAGGACGUGGAGAUGGCGGAAGCAGGCUGUGCAGUCUUCUGGCUGCUGUCCCUGCUAGGUUGCAUAGAGGAGCACCAGUUUGAAGACGUGGUGGCACUGUUCCUGCAAAGCAUCCAGCUGUGCCAGGACAGAGUCCCACUGGUAAACAACGCCUACCGGGGACUGGCCAGACUUGCAAAGAUGUCAGAGCUGGCAGCCUUGCACGUGGUAGCAGCAGAGGGCAGUAGCGGCCUCAACCUCAUCAAGGAGACCUAUGAGCUCCACAAGGAUGACCCCGAGGUGGUAGAGAAUGUGUGCAUGCUGCUGGCCCACCUGGCUUCCUACAAGGAGAUCCUGCCUGAGCUGGUGUCCAAUGGGAUCCAACCCCUGGUCCAGGAGAUCAAGGAGCGCUUCACCUCCAGCCUGGAGCUGGUUUCAUACGCAGAGACGGUGCUCCUCAGCCUAGAGGCCAACACGCCACCAGGCUCCGCGGGAGGAGAGUCAGGCCUGCCGUGAGGCGGCAGGCCCCCCGAAGCCUCCCACCCCCUGCCCCUUCUCUCCUGUCCUUUCUUUCCUUGUACAUCCCUGGAGCUGCCCAGUGAAUGGUUUUCCUUAGGGUUGGGGGGGGAACGUCACUUCACUUUUCUUGGGGAUGAGGCCCAAGGCUGGAGCCUGGUGGGGCUCUGCGGGCUCGGAUUGGCAGGCGCCACACAGGCCUUGGCCCUGGCCCGCUCAGGGAGGCAGCUGGACACAGUGGGCCUUUGGGGCCAUCCUAAAUGAGGGAAACAGUAACCUCCACAAACUUCACCUCCAGUAAAAACCUGCAUUUAUGUUAAA